AUGGAGACACUUACCCGCCAACAAAGCCUCAAGGCGUUCCUCCCGUCUCGAGUUGCUGCUCUGCCCCAUGUAGUGGACAUGAUCGACGCAUUUGCGAUGAGGCUGGACGAAGCAGCUUUGCAGGCGGCAAGGCGCAAGAACUGGGAGCGUGCUGGCGCACUCAUCUCGGACAUGCAGUGCGAUAUCUUGAAUCUGGCUGGUGCCGCGAAAGACGAAGAGGCUGAGACGUUAAGAACGAUCGGUUCCUAUAUCUCCCAGCAGCGACUUUUUCUCGCGGUUGCAGAAAGUGAUGAUCUCGAAGCUGCCAAGGUUCUUUACACAUGGUCCGAACGAAAGCAGACACCGACUAGAUUCGUUCCGCAUUUGCUAUCGCGUGCGGCAACGAAUGGGAGGGUUGAAAUGUUGGAAUUUGCCGUCGAGAAAGCAGUGGAGCGCUUUUCAUCCGAGCUGGCUGUCCAAGGAGGCAGACACUACUGUGUUCCCGCGUUAAUUGCAUCAACCGCUUCAUCGAUUCUGCCAGAAUGGGCGAGGUAA